UAAUGGAAAUUAAAAAUAACUCAUUCUUAUAAUUCUUGAACGCCAUCGGUGUUAUGUCACAAUUUUGCAAAGUGAAUUUGUUGUGAAGUGAUUUUUAGAGGUAUCUAACCAGGAUACCUCGAGCCACCAUGGCUACUCUUGUAAAGACGGCAGUGGUGAAAAUCAUUAGUCCAAGUCACGGUGGCAAGAUAGCAGCCUGUACUUUCGUUCAAAACAGGAACAUUGCGGGCAAAGCUCUCAGGGAAUCCCUGCCGCCACCCCCACCUAAACCGGCACCGUUCGAUUACGUGAAUAAAGAUUACACUUGGUUUCGUAGUUUAUUCGACCGCACGACACACAGACUCGAUGAGAAUUCGAAGGUUGUGGUCGUCGAAGGCCCCGUGGCGGCCGGUAAAACACAAUUCGCUGCUGCUUUAGCUGAUGACCUAGGUAUGAAGCAUUUUCAAGAAGCAAACAUGGAUAUUCAUUAUAAGAGACCAAACGGUUGUGAUCUACGCAUGUUUAACGACCAAAUUCCCGAAGACACUAGAACCUUCGACCACGUUGACUUCAAUUUAAAUCCCAACCAUCGUCUCGCUGCAAAUUACCAGAUUAUGAUGUACAUUGCCCGUUACAAUCAGUACAUUGAUGCAUUAGCUCAUUUGUUAAACACCGGUCAAGGUGUUGUGCUGGAAAGAUCUCCAUAUUCUGAUUUUGUAUUUCUAGAAGCAAUGUUUUCCCAAAAAUACAUUAGCAAAGCUGCUCGCUCUAUAUAUUAUGAGCUGAGGCACAAUACAAUUGAAGAACUCAUGAGGCCUCACCUUGUGAUAUACUUGGAUAUGCCUGUUAAGUCUGUAUCAGAAGCGAUCAAGAAGCGUAGCUGUGACUAUGAGGUGAAGGGCAAAGCGUUGACUACUAAAUACCUCACUGAACUCGAGACUCAGUACAAGACCAAGUAUUUGCGUGAUAUAUCCACUCAUGCUGAGCUUCUAGUUUACGACUGGACUGGAGGUGGUGACGUUGAAGUGGUUGUUGAAGAUAUUGAACGCUUAGAAUUCGACAAGUACAGGGAACGCGAGGAUCCUAAAAUGAAGGACUGGCGUCUACCCCGCGAGGUAGACUGGGCAGACCAGCGCAUGAUAUACACCAACAGCAAGCACUUCCUCAUGAACCUGUUCCUGAUACCCAACACUAAUGCACCGGAGCUGGUCACCAGUGCUGAAGACGCUUAUGAAAGAGAUAAGGUAAUAAAAAAUAUUUUCAAUGCUAGAAAAAAAUACGCUAUCUAACUUUUUUAUUUUUUAACUAGCAAGAAUAGAGAUGAUGACUGGGUAAAAAAAAAUG